GCCGCGGGCGCCUCGGACCGAGAGCCUGGGUGCUCGGGGCCCUUGGCUCCCCGUCGCGGGCCCGGGAGUUAACGUGAUUCCUAGAGCCGAAGCCCCGAAACCCCCGACCUCCCCCGACCUCCCCCGACCUCCCGCGACCUCCCCCGACCUCGGUGCUCGAGCACUAUAAAUAAUUCCACCAGAGGAAAUGCUGAAAUAGGAGUUACGGAUACAUUGGAUUUGCUGGAUGAAAAACAAGCAGUUAAUUUUUGUGCCGUGGGGAGAAAGCCCAAAUUGCCAGAUUACAUGUGUAAAUCACUGCGUUACUGCUUUAGUCAUUGUCUGUAUUUAGCAAUGACGAGACUGGAAGAAGUCAACAGAGAAGUGAAUAUGCAUUCUUCAGUGCGUUAUCUUGGCUAUUUAGCCAGAAUCAAUUUAUUGGUUGCUAUAUGCUUAGGUCUCUAUGUAAGAUGGGAAAAAACAGCAAAUUCCUUAAUUUUGGUAAUUUUUAUCCUUGGUCUUUUUGUUCUUGGAAUUGCCAGCAUACUCUAUUACUAUUUUUCAAUGGAAGCAGCAAGUUUAAGUCUCUCAAAUCUUUGGUUUGGAUUCUUGCUUGGCCUCCUGUGUUUUCUUGACAAUUCAUCCUUUAAAAAUGACGUGAAAGAAGAAUCAACCAAAUAUUUGCUUCUAACUUCCAUAGUAUUAAGGAUAUUAUGCGCUCUGGUGGAGAGAAUUUCUGGGUAUGUCCGUCAUCGACCCACUUUACUAACCACAGUUGAAUUUCUGGAACUUGUUGGAUUUGCUAUUGCCAGCACAACUAUGUUGGUGGAGAAGUCGUUGAGUGUCAUUUUACUUGUUGUCGCUUUGGCCAUGCUGAUUAUUGACCUGAGAAUGAAGUCUUUCUUAGCUAUUCCCAACUUAGUUAUUUUUGCAGUCUUGCUGUUUUUCUCCUCAUUGGAAACUCCAAAAAAUCCAGUUGCUUUUGCAUGUUUUUUUAUUUGCCUGAUAACUGACCCUUUCCUUGACAUUUAUUUUAGUGGACUUUCAGUCACUGAAAGGUGGAAACCCUUUUUGUACCGUGGAAGGAUAUGCAGAAGACUUUCAGUAGUUUUCACAGGAAUGAUUGAGCUUACCUUUUUUAUUCUUUCAGCAUUUAAACUUAGAGACACUCACCUCUGGUAUUUUGUAAUACCAGGCUUUUCCAUUUUUGGAAUUUUCUGGAUGAUUUGCCAUAUUAUUUUUCUGUUAACUCUUUGGGGAUUCCAUACCAAAUUAAAUGACUGCCAUAAAGUAUAUUUCACCCACAGGGUAGAUAACAAUAGCCUUGAUAGAAUCAUGGCAUCCAAAGGGAUGCGUCACUUUUGCUUAAUUUCAGAGCAGUUAGUUUUUUUUAGUCUUCUUGCAACAGCGAUUUUAGGAGCAGUUUCCUGGCAGCCAACAAAUGGAAUCUUCUUGAGCAUGUUUCUGAUAGUUUUACCUUUGGAAUCUAUGGCUCAUGGGCUCUUCCAUGAAUUGGGUAGCUGUUUAGGAGGAACAUCUGUUGGAUAUGCUAUUGUGAUUCCCACCAACUUCUGCAGUCCUGAUGGUCAGCCAACACUUCUUCCACCAGAACACGUACAGGAGUUAAAUUUGAGGUCUACUGGCAUGCUCAAUGCUAUCCAAAGAUUUUUUGCAUAUCAUAUGAUUGAGACCUAUGGAUGUGACUAUUCCACAAGUGGACUGUCUUUUGAUACUCUGCAUUCCAAACUGAAAGCUUUCCUUGAACUUCGGACUGUGGAUGGACCUAGACAUGAUACAUAUGUUUUGUAUUACAGUGGGCAUACCCAUGGCACAGGAGAGUGGGCUCUUGCAGGUGGAGACAUACUGCGCCUUGACACACUUUUAGAGUGGUGGAGAGAAAAGAAUGCCUCCUUCUGUUCUCGCCUUAUUAUCGUAUUAGACAGUGAGAAUUCAGUCCCAUGGGUGAAAGAAGUGAGAAAAAUCAAUGAUCAGUACAUUGCGGUACAAGGAGCAGAGAUGACAAAGACCAUAGAUAUUGAAGAAGCUGACCCACCACAGCUGGGUGACUUUACAAAAGACUGGGUGGAGUAUAACUGCAACCCCAGCAAUAACAUCUGCUGGACUGAAAAGGGCCGCGCUGUGAAAGCUGUGUACGGUGUGUCAAAGCGCUGGAGCGACUACACUCUGCAUUUGCCAACAGGCAGCGACGUGGCCAAGCACUGGAUGUUACACUUUCCUCGUAUUACAUAUCCACUGGUGCAUUUGGCAAAUUGGCUGUGUGGUCUGAACCUCUUUUGGAUCUGCAAAACUUGCUUUAGGUGUUUGAAAAGAUUAAAAAUGAGUUGGUUUCUUCCCACUGUGCUGGACACAGGACAAGGCUUCAAACUUGUCAAAUCGUAAUUUGGAACCCAAGGUGGAAUGUUACUGAGAGUUCAUACUACCAGUUAUCACUAACUUGCCAUUUUUUGUAUAUUGUUUUUUUAUUUGGGAAAAAUCUCUUGCUACUUCUGUAGCCGCUCUCACUUUGUCUUUUCUCAAGUAAUUAUGGUGUAUUGUAAGAUGUUGGGAAUAAGCGUUUUAUCCUACAAAUAUGUAAGGAGUCAUAAAUGCUGAUGCUGUGUAAAUGCAUAAGAGAUGUUAAAAAUAACAAUGCACUUUGAAGAAUGUUUGCCUAUGCCUCAGAUUAGAAAGAAAACACUUGUCUGUGCUCUGCAGUGGCCGAUGAAGAAUUACUAAUGCCUUAUUUUCUAGGCAUGAUUAGAGAAUGUAGACCAGACAGUUUGUUUACUAUUAUAAGAAAAUUUCCAGUUUGCUUACAAAGGAUUUUCUUUGUGAACAGUAGGUUUGAGUCCAAGACCAUUUGAAGAAUGACAAAUUCUUUCUUUAGAAAGGAUAAAGGGAGAAGCCUGAAAUGAAUGCAAAAAUUUGCUUAUAGUCUCCUAUUCUGAUGUCUUCAUUGUGGCCUGUUACCAGUGUAGCAGAAAAGCCCAAGUGACUGUUGAGAUCAAAACAUUCUUCCCUUAGGUAACUGUAAGAAGCUAGAAGCCUACAGAGCGCUCCUUCCUGCAUUGUUGGGGCAGAGGAGGGGCUCUGAAAGCACUGGCAAUUUUAAGAGUCUUUCUCAGGGUAACUUUUAAUGAACAAUGUUUCCAGCUACAAAUUGUCUUCCCUUUCAAAAAGUAAACUUAAAAAAAAAUGGCAAUUUCUCGUUGAUUUAGGCUAUUUUCACUAUUCAGAAAUGAUUUUGAUCUUGGGAAUUAAUGCUCUGCCAUGAAAAUUAUCUUUCAGCUCUCUCAUUAGUGAUGCCAUUUUUUUCUAUUGAAGGUCAAGGGAUUGGAAACAGGUCAUUUUUUUUCUUGUAUACAUGUAAUGUAUUAUGUAAAAAUGUAUUCAUAUUGGCAAUUUUUGUUAUGCAUAAUGGUGUGGUUGUAAUUUUUAAAACUUAAUUCAGUGUUUUGUCUGAUUAAAGCAGGCACUGAUCUGGGUAUCCCCUAAGAGGUUAUUUACCUCCUGUUCCCUUCCAAUAAUCCUUACAUUCUACAUGUUCAUAUCAGAGAAGUAACAGGAGGGGAAUAGAAUUAAGUUAGGGGAUAAUCUAAUCUUUGUCGUUUAAAGUGUGACUUCUCACCAUUGAAGCCAUUUUUCCAGCCUCAGAGAGGAAGUAACGCCUCUACCAUUUUCUACCUGGUGACUUGAAAACUGAAGUUUUUGUUAGGUAGAAGUCACUUAGUGUCAGGGAAUUCGUAUACCACUAUCUAUGCAGCGCUGUUAUGGUCUGAUUAUUUCUGUGUUUUGAAUAUGAUUUUCCUAAUGUUUUGAAUAAAAUUUUAAAAAUUAAUUUUUCAUGUAAUGUGCAAAAAACUUUAGUUACUGAAUAAUUUUAAUAUAUAUUAAAAGUGGUAGUCAUAAAAAAUGCCCAUGUAUUAGAGUUGGUAGGUUGAUUUGAAAUUUUCCAGUAUUUGGUUACAUAUUUAUAUCAACAUUUUCCAGAUGAAAUAGUAUAAUGUUUCAUUAUUAUUCAGAGUUAGUAUAGGAGAAAAGUCAGGUGUUAAAAUUAUGAGCUAAUAGCUACAAAAAAGUUAAAUUAGCGUUAAGUAAAAUCUUUUAAAAUUCCGAGCCAAUAUUGAGCGAAUUAGCUUUAAUUAAAGCAUGUGUCUUUACUCUGAGAAAGCCAAAUAUAAAGGUAUAUUCUGCAUUCUUUAUAAAGUAAUAUUAAGAUGGUACUAAUCAUCAGAUUCAAAAGGUAGCAGACUUUACAGCCACAGGGCUGUUAUUUCGGUACACAUUUUCUAUGACCAAAAAAGUUCUGAGCUAAAACUGUGACUCAAGCCGAUUUAUUAACCACAAAGUUACAGAAUAUCCACUGCAAUGAAUUCUCCUCCCCAAACCAGAAACUGUAAAAUGACAGUUAAGAGGUGGCAUCCUAAAUUAAAGUUGCCACUUUAAAACAUUAAAGUAAUUGACAGUAUAAUACGGAGGAAGACUAUAGGGACAAAUUGGUUACUCUAACUUAGAGAUUAAAAACUCGAUCUGACCAUUAAUAAGGACAAUUUUCUUACGGCUUUCAUUUUAUAGACCAUAUGUUUACCAAGGAGUUACUGGGAGUAAUAGGAAUUACUUUAGGGCAAAACUUUACCAGUCCACUAAAUAGCUUCAAUAGUUGACAUGGAGAUGUUUUUCAACAAAAUGUUGACUUAAUUUGUUUCUUACAUGAUGCCUUGAGGAAACCACAAAAGCACCACCCCCUAAAAAAUGUCUUUUAAAAAAGUAUAUACUGUUAUGUGAUGAAUUAAAGAACCAAGUUCUUUAAUUAAGAGAACCAGGUUCUCUUCCUAUAAUUUUUCAGUUAUGCUAUUAUUUCAUUAAAAAUUUUUUAGUUUCUUCUGACUAAACUCUUCUUCCUGGGGAUAUUUGGAUUUAUCCUUGCGUAGCUUUCUAUCUUGCUCUUCUUAAUAAAUACAAAAUUGUACAGAAGACCAUUUUUAUGACCAGUGUUUUCAUAAGUGUAUUAAAAAUUGCAUUGCUAAUUAAAAUGCAUUUAUAUUUAAUGCAUUACUGGAUAGAUUUUUUUUAAGUAAAAUCUUCAUUAGAAUCUAUUUGUAACUGUACAUUUUGUAAAUUUGGUCUAAAUAUAUAUGAUGUUUUGAGUA